AUGGCCGCCUCUCUAGUCGCCGGCAUGCUAAACAGGCUUCACGGCCAACCCGAGAGCUACGAUAAGAAAGCCAAGUACAAGUUCGGUCGAACCCUCGGUGCUGGAACAUAUGGAGUUGUUCGUGAGGCCGACGGCCCUACCGGCAAGGUCGCUGUAAAGAUCAUCCUCAAGCGAAAUGUCAAGGGCAACGAGCAAAUGGUCUAUGACGAGCUCGAGAUGCUGCAGAAGCUCAAGCAUCCUCAUAUCGUCAAGUUUGUCGACUGGUUCGAGUCAAGGGACAAGUUCUACAUUGUUACACAGCUCGCUACUGGCGGCGAGCUUUUCGACCGUAUCUGCGAACAGGGCAAGUUCACCGAGAAGGAUGCCGCCGAAACUAUCAAGCAAAUUCUUCUUGCUGUCGAUUUCCUCCACAAGAACAACAUUGUUCACAGAGAUCUCAAGCCCGAGAACCUUCUCUACCUCAACAGAGACCCAGAAUCCGACCUCGUGCUGGCCGACUUUGGUAUCGCCAAGAUGCUUGAUGGAAAGGGUGAAUCGCUCAAAACCAUGGCUGGUUCCUUUGGUUAUGCUGCCCCCGAAGUGAUGCGUAAGGAAGGCCACGGAAAGCCCGUAGACAUGUGGUCUAUGGGUGUCAUCACUUACACCCUGCUCUGUGGUUACUCGCCCUUCCGAAGCGAGAACCUCCAGGAUCUCAUCCGAGAAUGCACUGAUAACUCUGUCGUCUUCCACGAGCGCUACUGGAAGGAUGUCAGCAACGAUGCCAAGGACUUCAUCCUGAAGCUUAUCGAUCCCGAUGCUGACAAGCGUUGGACUAGUGAGGAAGCGCUGGGCCACAUCUGGCUCACUGGUGAGAAUGCCACCGACUACAACUUGUUGCCCGAGAUCAAGUCGUUCCGCGCCAGAAGCCGAUUCAGGCGUAUCAUCGAAAAGAUCAAGCUCCAGGCCCGUAUCGAAAAGCUCAAGGCUAUGGAGGAGGAUCCCGACAACUCAGAUCUGUCGGCAAUCUUCUCCGAGGUUGCCAGAGCAAAGCUUGCAGACGAAAAGGAGGAAAGAGAGGUUCUCCGCGUCACGCAAGAGGUCGAAAAGGAGGUCAAGCGACGCAGCUUCCAGGCUUAA